UCCGUCAGCUUCUUCCGCCGCAAUCAAAGCUCGAAACUUGAAUUCUUGAAUUAUAAAGGUCACAAUUGCAUUUUAUAUUUUUAAAAUUUAUUUUGAGCUAUAUAUAUGUCUAUGUAUAUACAUUCGGUUGACCACCUGGAAAAUGGAGAUGAAUGAGUAUGCUGCAGUCGGUAACGCCCUCAACUUCAACGUUCUUACUUGAUUUACUUCACUUCGGUUUCAAGUUCGUUUAAUAUUUGUCAUUGCUCUGCACAAAUAUCGCUCAGUGUAGGCAAUGUGAGAGAUAGAUAAAAGGAAAUAAACAUGCCGUUCACAUAUGAAUAUUGAUCCUUUUGGAGGACGGUAGUCCUGGCUGCGCCCCAGCGAUUAUUAUUAAUGACCAGCGCAAAACAUUUGCAUUGCGAUUCCAGUUUUAGUUCUCGCUGCGAGCCGCUGUCAGACGGACAGCUUGAAGGUUGUCUCCUGCAAGUCCUGCAACGCUCACACACACAGACACACGCACACAGUGCACACACAUAGCGCAUGCAAAAUCAAUAUUAAUGAGCCAUUAAGCGCAGUCUCAAGCUGCUUCUAAUGACUGAGCUGUCGGCUUGGCUUGAAGCGGAAAUUGAAUAGCCACACCGUAGAACGAUUCGCAGCGGAUGUAGCUCCCUCGCCGAGCAGGAAAUCGCGUUAGCAUUUGCCUCAACAUCCCCAGCUCAACUGAUACAGAUUCCUUUAAAAAGUCAGAGAGCAGAGAGCAGAGAGCUGGAAAAGCCGUCAGCCCGAAACGGAAGUUUUAGCGUAAUGCCUUGCGCCUGAUGAACUGCCGAGCAUGGGCUGCUCCAAUUCAAAGUCCACGACAGCUGUAGACGAGACCAGAACAAAGGCAACCCCAGCCCCUGCCCCAGCCCCGUCCCUGCCACCCGCCGCACCACCACGCGAAACAACAAGCUCUAACACAAUGGACGCCUUGCCCAAGCAGGACUACCCGCCUUCUGAGGCAUUCACCAUACCCCUCGACGACGCGGCUAGCGACACAGUCCCAUUGAACGACACCUUGCGUCAGCCGCCCAAGCGACUGCAGCAGCUCAUGCAGCAAGCCGCCGAGGCGGAGCCCCUCACGCUCGACGAGCUGGAGGACAAGCAGCAGCGAGCAGAGACUCGUCGUCAGGAACUAAUGCACCAGAAGCUGGAGGCCAUUCAGAAGAAUACGCAGAUGCUAAUGCAACGUGGACAAACGACCGACGAAGAACAACCAAGAAACGAACACCAACAGCCGGAGCAACGGGACGAUCUGAGGAGCUAGGCCUUCAUUUGAACAUGUUCGAGUGCAUUCAGAUUCAUUCACAUUUAAUACGAAAAUAAAUUAUAUUUGUACUUAAUUAAUGCACAAAUUUUCUGAAAGAAACAAUGAAUAUA